UGACAGUUCAUCACUCGGUACAAACUGACAGUCCAUCAUGUUUUCGUUCGGCAUCCCCUCCGCGCAUGUGCGCACAAGCCUACUAGACCAGCACAACGCCAUGGCUGCACUUAGUUUCCUCUUCCUAAUCAUCCUAGCUACAGCCUCCUUAGUAAACUGCGCGAACCAAGCAUCCAAGGAGAGCUGCUUCCCGGCCGAGAAGGCCGCGCUGCUCUCUUUCAAGGCCGGCAUCACAGGCGACCCGGUGAAUCUCCUCACCUCAUGGCGGCAGGGACACCACGACUGCUGCCAGUGGAGCGGCGUCACCUGCAGCAGCCGGACAGGCCACAUCAUCAAGCUCGACCUCCGCAACAAAUCUCCAACGUUUAAAGAAUUGUAUGGUGGUGUCAAGGACCCUAAGAGCCACUCGCUGCGCGGACAGGUAUCUCUGUCGUUGCUUGCCCUCCGACGUCUCAGAUAUCUAGAUCUGAGCAUGAACACUUAUCUCGGAGAUGCAAUGGCUAUGCCAGGAUUCCUGGGCUCUCUCAAGAGUUUGAAGUAUCUCAACCUCUCCAGCAUGGGUUUCAAUGGUAUAAUACCUCCUCAGCUAGGCAACCUAUCCAAACUAGUACACCUUGACAUAGGAAAGGAGUACAGCUACAAUUAUCAAUACUCAAAGGACAUAUCUUGGUUAGCGCGUCUCCGGUCGCUAGAGCAUCUUAAUAUGGCCUCUGUCGACCUCAGUGGAGUCCAUGACUGGUUCCAUAUGGUCAACGCCCUUCCCAAUUUGGUUGUACUUGCUCUCGGUAAUUGUGGCCUUAAUAUGAGUAAUGCCCAAUCAUCACUUCUACACCACAACCUUACAGUUCUUGAGGAGCUUGACCUAUCUGGUAACCCUUUAAACAGUCUGGCUGCACCCAAUUGGUUCUGGGAUGUAAUUAGCCUCAAGAGUCUAAACUUAGAGGGAUGUGAAUUAUCAGGAACGUUUCCUGACGAGUUGGGAAACUUGACCUUGUUAGAGAACUUUGAUAUAUCAUAUAACUAUAUCAACGGGAUGAUGCCAGGAACACUGCAAAAUAUGUGCAAUCUAACCUCUCUAGAUCUCAGCGGCAACAACAUCAGCGGGGACAUAAGAGAGGUGAUAGACAGUAUACCCAGCUGUUCAUGGAAGAAUUUGCAAGAGCUGAAGCUGAUAGGUGUCAACAUCUCUGGCAUGACAUUACAGUUUGUGUCAAAUCUAAGUAACUUAAGGAUGCUUGAGGUUAGUGAAAACCAGUUGAGCGGUUCAGUGCCCGUGGAGAUUGGCAUGCUAACAAAUUUGAGUUACAUAGACCUUUCAAACAACAACCUGAGUGGUUCAUUGCCUACGGAGAUUGGCACGCUUACAAAGUUGACUCACUUACACCUUGGACACAACAACUUCAGUGGUUCAUUGCCCGCGGAGAUUGGCGUGCUUACAAAGUUAACUAACUUAUUACUUUCAAACAACAACUUGAGUGGUGUGAUAUCAGAAGAUCAUUUUGCUGGUUUAGUGAAUUUAAAAGGCAUUGACAUGUCUUCUAAUAAUUUGAAAUUUGUUAUUGACUCCCAUUGGGUACCUCCAUUCAACUUGGAAAUUGCACGGUUUUCAUCUUGUUAUUUGGGUCCCAAGUUUCCUAAAUGGCUUAGAUGGCAGAAGGGAAUUAAGGAACUUGACAUUUCGGACACAUGCCUAGUUGGUAGGAUCCCCAAUUGGUUUUGGACAACCUUUUCUGAGGCUUCUACUUUGGACAUAUCCUUGAACCAACUUACCGGCGAGUUACCGCCCAGUCUUGAGUUCAUGUCAGUGUUUAUGCUUUCAAUGCAAUCAAAUCUAUUGACCGGUUUGAUACCCAAGUUAUCAAGAACAAUUGAGGUAUUGGACAUAUCCAGAAAUUCUUUAAGUGGAUUUGUGCAAAAUUUCCGAGCUCCACAAUUGCAGGUUGCAGUUUUGUUUUCCAAUUCUAUAACCGGUACUAUUCCAAUGUCAAUUUGCCGAUUGCAAAAACUGCUGGUCUUGGAUCUUUCAAACAAUCUGCUUUCAAAGGAACUUCCUGAUUGUGGUAGAAGAGAGCUAGAACAAUGGAUUCCAUCUAACAACAACUCUUCAAGGGUCAAUUCCACGACUUCUUUCAGUUUGAAAAUCACUACACUCCUUCUAAGCAACAACAGUCUUUCAAGUGGAUUUCCUUUGUUUCUACGUCAUUGUGCAAGUCUUAGGUUCCUUGACCUGGCUCAAAACAAAUUCACCGGGGAGUUACCUAGAUGGAUUAGCGAAGCCAUGCCUAGAUUGGUUAUGCUACGGUUAAGAUCGAAUAACUUUUCUGGUCAUAUUCCAAAUGAAUUAACGGCACUUCAAGUUGUUCGUAUUCUAGAUCUAUCCAAUAAUAAAUUUUCUGGGGCCAUACCGCAAUAUCUGAAACAACUGAAAGGACUUUAUAGUGAUAGCUUCUCGGAGGUGAUAAAGGGACAAGUCCUUGAGUACAGGGAGAAUACUCCAUAUUUGAUUACCCUUGAUUUAUCUUGCAACAGUUUAACCGGUAAAAUCCCAAAUGAAAUAAGCUCCCUUGCCGGUCUCAUAAAUUUGAAUUUAUCAUCAAACUUGUUGAGUGGAAAUAUACCAGAUAAGAUUGGCAACCUUCGAUCAGUGGAGUCUCUUGACCUCUCAAAGAACAGACUUGGUGGUGGAAUUCCUCAGAGCAUAACAAAUUUGACAUACCUGAGCUAUCUAAACUUGUCAUACAACAAUCUGUCGGGAAGAAUACCCUCAGGACAUCAACUAGACAUCCUGAAGGCAGAUGAUCCAGCUUCUAUGUACAUUGGCAAUCCUGGUCUUUGUGGAGAUCCCGUUCCAAGACAAUGUCCUGGUUCUACUAGAGAUCCUCCAACUAGUGAAGAUUCAACAAGAUGGUCUGAAGAUGUUUUGUUUCAAAUGGAUUUCCUUCUAGGAUCAAUUGUUGGUUUUGUGGUGGGCACAUGGACAGUGUUUUGUGGACUUCUCUUCAUGAAGAGGUGGAGGUAUGCUUAUUUCGGGCAACUCGACCAGCUAUAUGACAGGUUGUAUGUCAUUUCCGUUGUUACUUGGCGGAAAUGGUUCAUGAACACGGACGGCAAUUAAUGAAGAACUACAGGAGUGGUUGUUCCGUACAAAGAUGCUGGUGCUUGAAUAAAGCGGAUGAACAACUUAUUGCUAUAUGUAACGUCAAACACUUGGUCAUUCACAUUAUUGUAAGCAAAUAUAUUUUUGUAGCACCUGUGGUAGCUGUGUAUGCCUUACAGUUUCCUCUCUCAUAAACGAAACGUAUUUGUUUAUCAUAUACCCAUUAUGGACUAAUAUUUGGAAUUAUUUGUAUUUCUAAACGGAGGUUUUGGACCAUGAGAUAUAUGAGUUGAUUUUUGCUGGUGUGGUUUUAUUA